AUGACAUUAAAUAUCAGCAGUAUGGAUGGAGAAUUGCUGCUAACAGAAAGAGAUUCAUCUUUUCGGGUUCUUACAGGAUGCUUUCUUUCUGUAUUGAUACUUUCAACUCUACUAGGUAACACUUUGGUUUGUGCUGCUGUUGUUAGGUUUCGUCACCUAAGGUCAAAAGUCACUAAUUUCUUUGUGAUUUCUUUGGCUGUGUCUGACCUGUUGGUAGCAGUUUUGGUUAUGCCCUGGAAAGCUGUUGCUGAAAUUGCAGGGUUUUGGCCAUUUGGAACAUUCUGCAACAUAUGGGUUGCUUUUGAUAUAAUGUGUUCAACAGCUUCAAUCUUGAACCUUUGUGUCAUUAGUGUUGACAGAUAUUGGGCUAUCUCCAGUCCAUUUAGAUAUGAAAGAAAAAUGACACCCAAGGUAGCGUUUAUAAUGAUUAGCGUUGCUUGGACCUUGUCAGUUCUGAUAUCUUUUAUUCCAGUGCAACUGAACUGGCAUAAAGCAAAAACUACCAGCUUUUUUGAUUUAAACAUUACAUUAACGGGUAGUGCCAUGGACAACUGUGAUUCCAGCCUAAAUAGGACAUAUGCAAUUUCUUCAUCACUGAUCAGCUUCUAUAUUCCAGUGGCCAUAAUGAUUGUAACAUAUACAAGGAUAUACCGAAUAGCAGCCAAACAAAUAAGACGCAUCUCAGCUCUGGAAAGGGCAGCCGUGCACGCUAAGAACUGCCAAUCCAGCACCGGCAAUGGCAGCAACAUUGAUUGCCAACAACCUGAAAGCUCAUUGAAGACUUCUUUUAAAAGAGAAACAAAAGUUUUAAAGACUUUAUCUGUAAUUAUGGGAGUUUUUGUAUGCUGUUGGUUGCCAUUUUUCAUUCUGAAUUGCAUGGUGCCAUUUUGUGAUCCCAGUGUAACUGCCAGUGAAGCUGAACCCUUCUGCAUAAGUUCUACAACUUUUGAUGUUUUUGUGUGGUUUGGGUGGGCAAAUUCUUCAUUGAAUCCAAUCAUAUAUGCCUUCAAUGCAGAUUUCCGCAAGGCAUUCUCAACCCUACUAGGAUGCUACAGAAUCUGUCCUUCAGCUAAUAAUGCUAUAGAAACUGUCAGCAUUAACAAUAAUGGCGCAGUACUAUACUCGUGCCAACAAGAGCCCAAAGGUUCAAUUCCAAAAGAGUGUAACUUAGUUUACCUUAUCCCACAUGCUAUUAUUUGCCCUGAGGAGGAAGUUUUGAAAAAAGAAGAGGAAAGUAAUGUAUCAAAAAGCCUAGAAAAACUGUCUCCAGCAUUUUCUGGAAUUUUAGAUUAUGAUACAGAGGUUUCAUUGGAAAAGAUAAACCCUAUUACCCAAAAUGGGCAGACAAAAACCUAAACAUUGGUACCCA